AUGUAAUAAAAAUUGAAAUAAUAUGAACUAGAAUAUUUUGAUGAGAUCCUUGAAUAAAAUGUUUAUUUAUGUCCAAUUAACAAAUCUCAUUCACAUAAAUCUAUAGAUUAGUUCAUCUAACAUUUACACACUUGCAGAGAAAAUGCUAAUUAUUAAGUGAAGAAAUACAUAUGUAGAUUUAACUAAUUUCAUUGGUUUAAUACUGCUAAAGUAUAACAACUAAAUUAUUAAAAUAGGAUAGAAUUGUUCAUGAAUUCUUCUAUUGUGAAGAUAAAGAAACUGUUAUGCCUUAAAAUGAGGUAAUAAUAAAUCAAAUGAAUGAAGUAUUCUUACCAUUAAAUGAAGAUCAUAGUUUUCAACUGAAAUAAUAUUUUAAAAAAGGUAACUCAUAAGCUAGACCUAAUUUCAGAAAUUUCAUUUCAGAAUUUCAUAGAAGAGAUCCUGAAAAAGAGUCUUCUGUGAAAAGAAUUAAACUAAAUUAAUGA